AUGGCCAACAUACCGGUAAAGAAGAAGAGCCCCAAAGCUGACGCUAUUCGUUCGUCAGAAUCGUCAACUGGAGUCCGUCGAUCUCGUCGUCGGAAGCACAUCAUGUACAUCCAACAGCGGGAUGAACAAGAAGACCAAGCUAAGUCGUCACCAACCAAGGUGCAAUCCACUAACAAACCAAGUACCGGGAAUAGGUCUCGAAGUACUACUACCACCAAGAUCCAAUCGACCCCAAACGAUCCUGAACGCCAAAAAAGAGAAGAAAUACGGCACAUGUCCCGUUGGAUCGAGAUGAUAAUUAAGGAAGGCUGGCCCCUUUCCUCUGUCGACGACGAGGCAUAUCGAGAUAAGAUUGGUUUGUCGUCAGACAUUACCUUGCAACAAAAUCAAGUUGCCGAGGUCAUCCUGGCGAUGAAUCAGCUGGUGAUGAAGAAAAUUGGAUCCGAAAUGAAGGCCGCAAGAAGGGGUGCCAUCCUUCAUUCCGAGGGGAUAGAAUCCUCGAGGUAUAUUGUGGGCAUCGUUGCUUCUUACAUGGUAGGCCCAAAGGUGACUCAAACACUCCUUGCGCUUGGAGAAGUUCACGAACUUCGCUCUGUUGUCAAGCGGUGCUCUACUCGACAAGACACAACCAUGACAGCAGACUCUAUUGCGGAGAAGCAUGCCAGGUACAUUCAGCAACAAGUCUUUUCAGACCGAUACGAUUUUAAUUCCAGGGAACUGCAGAAAUGGUUAGUUUGUCAGACUGCCAUAACUUGCAAUGCAAUCACAAAGGUGGCAAGCCUACUCGGAAUCCCACACGUCGAUUGUCAAAGUCAACUUCUUGACAAGCAAGUCAAGCAAAUGCUCGAACGAACCAAAGGGACUACUUUUGGAGUCGGUCAACUGAUAUCUGAAGUAAGAGAAGUAAUCAAGACGGCACAAGAAAGCAAAUAUUCAUCUGAUGAGUUGCGGAAUUUUCUACGCAUUCUUGACGACAAGGAAGAGGGGUGGAGCUCGGGAGCAACCAUGAUUGCAAAAUUUCAUGCCAAAAAGUCCGAUAUCUUGAAAGCUGUACAGCACGAGGAUGAAAAGAUAAUCGUUCGUUGCAAUUCACUCAUUAACAGCGAUCGAGCAACAAAGCAGGCACAAAAGAUGCUCCAGAAUCUCAAGUUCAUUCAACGAAGGUUGACGACCAAAGGCCAUCCAUUGAGCAGUUGCCGAGAAGAUAUCCAGAGCCUACUCGAUUAUGCCGAUGCCCACAGUCAUGACAUUGAAUCUCAGUGGUUUGAUCACAAACUUGGUACCAAGUAUAUCCAUCCCUUAUCAAAAAAGCUAAAGGACGUGAACUUUAUCAGCGGUGUCUGCAAGAUCCAGCGAAAGAAAUUUGCGUUGCUCAAUGAUGUGGAGACGACUGCUUGCCAGCAGUUGAAACGUCCGACAAUGGCCGCGUCGCCAGUGGGCAGAGCUGACGACUUCAAGGCCUUUGUUUGCAGGAAGGAGAGGCAAGCUUCGUUGCCAUCUCGUGAUAAUAUUAGUCUAAGGUCCAUCUAUCAUCUCGAAGAAGAAUAUUCGGACUGCGAUUUCAUUAUUGGUUCUUCUUCUGAAAUGGAAAAAGUUUGGUCGGAUGCUCGCCAGCACAAGGCAGCCCAAGACGAUACAAUCUCUGUUGCCCUUUUCGAAGCUAUCAUGAUGUUGCGCUACAACUGGCGGCUAUGGGACGCAAGUACUGUCGGCGAUGCUGUGGAAUAUGUCAAGUCAAAUACAAGUGACGAGCAGGGGCAAAAGUCCAAGAAAAGAAGGUAUGCAACAUGA